AUGACUGAGCAAAAUGGUCUUCAUUCGAAAUCAAAUGGCGAUCAUAAAGAUGAAUAUUUAUUCAACAAGAAUCAACUCCAAUCGGUAUUCAAAGAAUAUUCAUUAAAAGAUCCUAAACUUGUCGAUAAUAUCUACGACAAAAAGUAUCUUCUUCGACCAUUAGCUCUCUCUGAUUUCCAUCAUGGUUUCGUUGAUUUGCUUCGGCAAUUAACUGAAUGUGGUACAAUCACUUACAAUGAUUAUUUGAAACGUUUUCAACAAAUGAAACAAUGUCCGAACACGUACUACGUCCUCGUUAUCGAAGAUCUUACUUCCGAUCAGCAGAUCGUUGGUACCACAACACUUGUUUGCGAAAAGAAAUUCAUUAGACAACUAGGUGUGCGCGGUCGCGUGGAAGAUGUGGUUGUACACGAUCGCUGUCGUGGACAACAACUUGGUAAACUAAUGGUCGAUCUAUUAACACAAUUUGCACGCGAUGUGUGUGAUUGUUAUAAAAUCUCCUUAGAAUGCAAAGAUCAUCUAGUGACUUUCUAUCAACAAUUUGGUUAUGAUCAUGAAGAUAAACAAAAUUUCUUGUGUCAACGUUUUAAAACCUUGUCAACUAAUCAACGCGAAGCACUCGAAUGA